AUGCUGUUUUGGAUACGUAUCGAUGGCAUUCCUCCCCACUACCAAAAGGAGGAGACUGUCAAAGGUAUCGGUGAAAAACUUGGAGAUUUGAUUGAAUGGGAGACCACCUCCGCCAGAGUUCGUGUAUCAGUGGAAUGUGAAAUCCCACUGAAAUUUGAAAGGCGUGUAAUUUUCUACACAGGGGAUGAGGUGAUUGUUACAUUCAGAUAUAAAAAGCUUCAAAAAUUCUGCUUCAUAUGUCAGAGACUUUCUCACGACGGUCGUCAUUCCCCCGACUUGGAAGAAGAAAAGCGUGCGUUUAAGGCAAAACACGGGAACAAGGAUAGGAACCAGAGGCAACAUGCUAUCUUGAGAGGAGAAGAAGGCCCAUACAUGAAACAUGGAAAAACUGAUAUGGUCAAGGAAAACAAAAGCCCUCUGUCCGUCGUGAAAUCUUUGCUGAAAAGGAGGACAACCACGUAG